AUGAGAGCUUGGGUGCCUGGGCUGCCCUCUUCGGCUCGGCUGCAGGCGAUUUCAAGCAACAUCGGCAAGUCCCUGGGCGUCAGCGGCGCAUCCAUCACGACAACCGUCGUGGCCGCCUUCCUGGGCACCAUUUAUCGCCUGGAAGGCACCGCAGGGACUGCUGGAGGUGCCACCGGAGGCAGGCGGCUGUCGCAGGCAGCGCUAGGUGCGACUUCACCCCUAACCUCCUCGAGACCCCCUCCCCUGGCCAACCAGACCCAGGCGCAGUGCACCCCCUGUACACCGGCCAUCGCGUCUGCAAUGGCAACUAGUUUGUGUGCCAUGGCUUCACUCCAGAAUUGCAGCCUUGUCACCGCAAACUGCAUCAACGCCAGCACUGCCACGGAGUGGGUCUUUCCUUCGCUACCGCUUCGCACACUGUCGGUGGUAGCUUCGGACAAAGGCUGUACGGGCUACGUUGCGGCUAUCAUUGGGUACAAGGACACGACAAAGCAGGAGACCAUCAUGCAGGUCAUGAUGUCUGGAGCGGUCAACAUCAGCAACGUGGGCAGGAUAGCACCACCGUCGCCUUCUGACAUAGCCAUCUCGGCGCAGCUGCAAGUCGUUGUAGCCAAUGAGCCCUCGGCAUCCACUUCUACCACAUCCUCCAUUCCCCUUGUCGUGGACAGUGGGCGCGUGGCGCAGGGCGUCGCCACAGCCAUGGGUCUGCCGCCAGACAAGGUCUCCGUCACCAUGGCGUUGCAGGAGUCCGUGUAUGGCAAUGGUGGCAUCUCGGCUUCUCCCUCGCCCUCCGCUGUGGCUCUGCUUGGAGUGGGCCUCAUAUCCACUGGUGGCGGCCGAGUGCAACCCGUGCGAGCGGACACCGCCCACAGGAACCGCAACGUGCCCACGGUGACCUUACUGACGGCACCGCCGCCGCCGUUCACCAGGCACGGCGGGGGGCCCGGCUUACAGGUGCAUGGGCGGCCAUGGGUCCGAAGCCCGUACAGUGGUGUAUCUUCGGUGCGCGGGGAGGCGAUUGCCUUUGAUGCCGCGCCAUGGCGCACCAACUACGUUCAGCCGCAGAACCCAGGCUCGGUUGGCCCGAAUUCGGGUCAUCAGUCUGCGAGUAUGGUGUCCCUUCCGGGGCCGUGGCGGGCACCGAACCACAGCAGUGUCGCAGCUGUGCAGCGGCGGGUGGCCACAUAUCAUGCGGGCGUUCCAGCGGGUCCAUUGCCUGUGCCGCAGCCGGCAGUGUCAUUAAACGCUGCUUCUGCCGCUGCGAACCUUCACGGCUUGAGGAAUUUGGGGAGCAGCCCUGUGUCGCUGCCGCCGGAUUUCAACUCGCUCAACAUGCCGGGCCGUGGCAACACUGGAGAUCAGGUGGCGGUCGGUGGUGGGGAGCCGAGUGCGAGUGUGCGCGCGGUGGCCGCCGCCGCCACAGCACCACGGAUACAGGAGAGCAACUUCGUAAAUCGUCCAGGGGCAUUUGGGUUGUUGCAAUCUGCAGACCCUGCUUCGUCCAUCGCUAUUGGGCGAAGAGUCCCGUACAGCGGCCUUCAGGCAAGUAGCCCUGCAAAUGCCGCCCGGGGCUCUGGCAUCUAUCGGGGAAGGUGA